GGAGGAGAGGACUGCUGCUCACUUGUGCUCAGAGCCCCCUGGAGAGCGGAGGAAGCAGCGGGAGCGCGCGGCGAGAGAGGGGCGCUGCGCUGCUGUGGAGCCAUGAGGACUUGAGCCGUGUGGAAACUUGUGAUUUGCGCAGCGGUGAGUCGCACUUACUGGUGAUCCCGACCCUGCUAUGGAGGACCCCCUGACUCAAAAUGAGUGUGAGCACUGACAAUGUCACUAACUUGUGGAAAAAUGGCUCCUUGGAACCCGAGGGGACUGCGCUCUCCAACUUCACCAACAGCUCCGGGGGGAACGGGACGGACUGCAGCGAGGUGGACCUCAGCCGCGCCAUCCCGCUCGGGCUGGUUCUGGCGGCUUUCAUCGUGUUCGCCAUCGCGGGGAACAUCCUGGUCAUCCUGUCGGUGGUGUGCAACAGGCACCUGCGGACGCCGACCAACUACUUCAUCAUCAACCUGGCGAUCGCAGACUUGCUGCUGGGCACCACGGUGCUGCCGGUGUCGGCCACCCUGGAGAUCCUGAACCGCUGGGUGUUCGGCAGGAUUUUCUGCGACAUCUGGGCUGCGGUGGACGUGCUGUGCUGCACCGCGUCCAUCAUGAGCCUGUGCGUCAUUUCCAUUGACCGUUACAUCGGCGUGAGUUACCCGCUGCAGUACCCGGGCAUCGUGACGGAGAAGCGCGCGCUGCUGGCCAUGCUCGGGGUCUGGGUGCUGUCCGUGGUCAUCUCCAUCGGACCUCUGCUGGGCUGGAAGCAGCCGCCGUCUCCGGACCACAACGUGUGCUUCAUCACCGAGGAGCCGUUUUACGCGCUCUUCUCCUCGCUGGGCUCCUUCUACAUCCCGCUGGUGGUCAUCCUCUCCAUGUACUGCCGCGUCUACAUCGUGGCCAAGCGGACCACCAAGAACCUGGAGGCCGGAGUGAUGCGGGAGAGGAUGAACUCCGGCGAGCUGACGCUCAGGAUCCACAAGGGGUCACAGGUCACCGAGGACCCGGCCAGCGCCAAGAGCCGGGCCCACCAGACACGGAGUUCUCUCACUGUGAAACUUCUGAAAUUCUCCAGAGAGAAGAAAGCUGCCAAAACUUUGGGAGUAGUGGUGGGCAUGUUUACACUCUGCUGGCUGCCCUUCUUCGUGGCUCUACCCAUAGGGUCUUUCAACCAGGACCUGCGUCCGCCUGAUCUUCUCUUCAAAGUGAUAUUUUGGCUGGGCUACUUCAACAGCUGCCUGAACCCCAUCAUCUACCCGUGUUACAACCGCGAGUUCAAGCUGGCCUUCAUCCGCAUCCUCCGCUGCCAGUGGCAGCAGCGCAAGCGACCCGGGUGGAGGGCCUACAACUACCGCUCCUCCAACUUCAGCGCAUCCGGACACUCCCGCAAAGGCUCGGCCGAUCACAACUCCACCUGUUUGAACGGCAGCCAGCGGACCCUCCCCUCCUCGGCCAGUCCCAGCCCCAGCUACCUGAGCAAGGGUCUACCUCCCUGUCCGGAGGGGGAGCCGCUCUACAUCUGGGGAGGCAGCACCCCCAGCCCUUCUACCCCCAGCCUGCUGCCCGGCAGCCACAUGGACUGCCCUCAAGGAUCCCUCAGAGGGGACUUGAGGAGAGUCAAACCCACGGAGGACGCUCCCGCCAGCGUGUUCUCUUUCUCCUUCGCCAGAAUCAAAGGCGAAGGUGGCAGGAACAAAGACUGCAUCAUCCCAGACGACAAAGUGUGACAGUCAGGAAAUAAAUGGCCUUGCAGAAUGUUAGGACAUGAAGGACGUCACCGGUGAGCUGCGUUCGCUGUCUGUCUUCAGUCAGUCGCUGUUGUUACUGGUGAGCGGAAGAUUACAGAGUCGUGCUGCUGUUUCCGGUGUAUUUGUCCAGUUAAAGUGUGUCCGUGCUUGACAUUGAUUUUACUUUAAUGAAAGUUAAGACACAAGUUUCUGCACUGGUAAAAAAAAAUAAAUAAACAAAGUCCCAGUGCAUGUGUUUUGAUUCAAUGGAGAAACUUUUUUUUCAUCACCUCAAUAUACUGAAAGUCUGUAUAUUAGAUGUGUAAAGUGUAUGAUGUGAAUACAGUCACUUAUUUGUCACUAGAUAUCACUACGGUAUGUUGUGGAAAAUAAAGUAUAACCUGCUUUGUUUGCUGUGCUGAAGUUGAAAAGUCAGUGGGUGAUUGAUAUUAAAAAUGGCAUUAGUACUUGACUGAAGGUCUUUCUUGGGAAUAAACACCUGCUGCGAUGCUGUCUGCAUGAGAAACAUCCGCAUAGCUACAUGUUGCCCACAUGAGUGACAAAUAAAUGCCCAAAGUUUCUGUUCUGAUAUUUAAAGGGUUUGGCUGUCAGUGUGUGUUUAAUACACUUUUAUCAUUACAUUUUAUUUGUGCAUAUUUUUUACUGUCCAAAACAUGCUAUGACAUUGAAAUUUAUCUUAAUAACGUGAUCAGCUUGGGCUAAAACAGGCAGAAACUGGACAUUUUGGCGAUUCAAGCCACUGAAAUACAUCGACUGCCAUGCACCUGUGGUAGUAAAUAUAUUGUUUUACUUAUGUGUCGAAGGUUUUCUAAUUCGUUCCCUGGUUCUGGCACCCUCUUGUUCGAGUCCCCAGCGGGUUUGUGGGGUGUAGACGCUCCAUGUUACUACCGCCACCUGCUGACUGAUUGUGCUCAUUGCACGCUGACUAUAACUCACUAAGCUUUUUUGUCAAUGUCAGUGAGGAUCACACCAACUGGGAAAGUGCUUCAGAACAUGCAUAAUAUCCAUUUAUAAAAUAUAGUGUGUAUGGCAGGUGAGAGGUUAGUGGUUGUCUAGAUCAUAUAUUGUCUGGCUGGGCGUUUCAUUUAUUUAUUUAUUUAUUUUUUAGCAGUAUGAUUUGGUGAAUUAUAGAUUUUAAAAGUAACGUAAAAACACAUUUUCUGUAUAAUGUUGUGCCAAGAGAUACAGUUAUCCUGUCAGACAUUUUAUUGAUAUAGAAUAAAUAGCAACUAUACAUUUAUUUUUCGAUUUUUCCUUUUUCUUUUUUCCUUUUUUUUCUAUGUGUUUACUAGUGUCAUUUUUUGUGCAUAUUUA